AAAGGAUGUGGAUACCACCUCGACCUGCUCAUGGUGGCAGUCAUGCUUGGAGUGUGCUCUAUUAUGGGAUUGCCAUGGUUUGUUGCAGCCACUGUCCUCUCUAUUUCCCAUGUGAAUAGCUUAAAACUGGAAUCGGAGUGCUCUGCUCCAGGGGAGCAGCCGAAAUUUCUUGGAAUCCGGGAGCAAAGAGUCACAGGGCUCAUGAUUUUUAUCCUUAUGGGCUCAUCUGUCUUCUUGACAAGUAUUCUGAAGUUUAUUCCUAUGCCAGUACUUUAUGGAGUAUUUCUUUACAUGGGUGCUUCAUCUCUAAAGGGAAUUCAGCUUUUUGACAGGAUAAAGUUAUUCUGGAUGCCUGCAAAGCAUCAGCCAGAUUUUAUUUAUCUGAGGCACGUUCCUCUUAGAAAGGUCCAUCUCUUCACUGUAAUUCAGCUGAGUUGUCUUGUGCUUCUGUGGAUUAUAAAGGUUUCAAGAGCUGCCAUUGUCUUUCCUAUGAUGGUCCUAGCUUUGGUAUUUGUCCGAAAGCUCAUGGAUUUCUUUUUUACUAAGCGGGAGCUCAGUUGGUUAGAUGAUUUGAUGCCAGAGAGCAAGAAAAAGAAACUGGAAGAUGCCGAGAAAGAGGAAGAGCAAAGUAUGUUAGCAAUGGAAGAGGAAGGGACUGUGCAGUUACCACUAGAAGGACAUUACAGAGAUGACCCAUCUGUGAUAAACAUUUCUGAUGAAAUGGCAAAAACUGCUGUGUGGAAGACACUGUUGAUAUCCUCAGAGAAUGCAAAAGAUAAGGAGUCAAGCUUUCCUUCUAAAAGUGCUGAAAUCAGAAGAGAGAAGAAAGCUGACUCAGGGAAAGGUGUUGACCGGGAGACUUGUCUAUGA